GACACCUUGGCCGAUCAGACGACUUUCACAUGCGCACAGAGGUUCUAUGCAUUGAUGGCCAUGUGCAAACGUUUGUUCGGCCUGAGAAAUCAUCAGAGGUUCUACGGCCAUGUUUCUUCGGCCUUUUCCGAGCAGAGCGAUGGUGGAGUUGAUCAAUGGGUCUGGCUCGGCACGGUUCUGACCGAGCUUGCAGGAUGGAUGUCUUCGAAGAUGGUGCAAUGUUGGACGGUGCGCUUUGUUCCAGGUGUUCGGAUCUGAAGAAGGCCGAGGUCAAAGGUGCGUUUGGGAUUCGCCCGGAAGACUUGGAGGAUGAAGCGGAGCCUGCGGGCGGUUCCGAAGAUGAGCGGUCGGAGGCCGACUUGCAGUCCGAGGCGGGGGAGACCGCAGAGGAAGCUCGAGAGGGUAUCCAGAAGCUCCUCGAGGAGACUGGCAGGACUUUGCAGAGGGGUCGGACCCUGGCGAUGAAAGAGGCCAUCAGUGCUGCACGGCAGCAUGGAGUGGAGAGCAGUCUCAUCAAGGAGGCCCAGCAGCGCUUGGAGCAUCAUCAGCUCCGGCAGAAGCGUGCCGAGUGCGAAAAGGAGGUGUCGCUGUGGUUUGCCUCUGCUGCCCAAGACCUUGAGCAGUGCGGGAGGCUUUUGGAAGCAGCUGUGCAGAGUCAGUGCGCAGAAGAGAUCCAAGCGAAGCUGCGGAAGCGCUUGGAGGAGCUGAAGAUCACCAGGCCCCUGGCCCCCGACGAGCUGGACCAGGCCCAGCGCUACGUGACGGAAAGCUGCCAGGGCUUUGUCUCCGCAGCGCUUCUGGCAGAAGGUCGCAAGACGCUUUUCCUCGACCUGGACGAAGGGAACAAGAGUACGGCCACGUUGCACCUGAAUCCUUCGCUGCAGGUGCUCUCACUGAAGGUGCACAUCGACGAAGGCACAAAAAGCGCUUCCGCAGCACACAUGCAGCAGCUGGAGGAGACUUGGCUGAAGGACAUUGACUCCUUACCUGCCAAGGAUGAUGAGGUGAUCAGUCAGCAUCGAGGCUUCUUAGAGUUGGAGUGCCAGGUGAAUGGCCGCUCGAAGGUCUGGUGCUUCGUCGAAGCCUCGCUGCACGAGCGCGACCGGCUGCUGCAGGCGCUUCACGUGCUAAGUUGCGUUCCGGAACCUGAAGGUGCAGAGGAAUGGGAAGAGGAGGACUACGAGGCCUACGAGGAGGGCUGAAAUCACUGGCCCUUGCCUAGCUAGCCAUCCACGAGCGAUCUCGGAGGGAUGUUUCAACUGUGGAAGGCUUGGUGGACAUAGCUUGGAUUGGGAUUCGUCCAGCGCAUGAGCUUGGUGGCCUGGCAGAUGGGCGUGGAACUGGCCACUCCUGCGAGAGCGACCCGAGAUCUCCCGGAGUCGCCGCUUGUCCUGGGUCGAGCUGGCUGAGUGUGACCGGAUGAACUGCAGUGUGCCAUAGCUGCUAGCCAAGGAUGUGGCUUGCAACAGAUGACUGCGCCAGCCAUGCCACAGUCGCAGAGCCACAGAAGAUUGAGCAACCACGGUAGAUGCACUCGGGUAGCAUGCAGCCUCAAGAGGGGGUUUGCGCAACCACUGGGUCACGCAGCGGGUUUCCAUGUGGCAUUUGUGGUCACAGUUCGGCAACAGAACGCAGCAGCAGAUCCCGCCAAGAACGGCUUCAGCUUCCAGCAGCAGAUGGUCACCCGCAGCAUGUCACAACCCCUAAUGGAGUUGUGGCAGAGGGAGCUAGCCGGCAGAUCUCUGACUCACCAACAUGGGUACGUGGAUGGCAUGGUCACUGACUGCUUUCCUACGCUUUCCCUUACGAGGAUCGCUUCCCUUACGACGAGAACGGGUGUUCCAUACGUGACGGAUGUCGAUGUGAAGGGCACCAGGACGUCGACCGGACCACAUGCUGCCUUUGGGAGCAUGUGCGAGCCGUGGGCCCAUGGGGUGGUCGUUCUACCCGCCACCGCGAUCCGCCCUGGGGCCAGGUGCGAGCCGUCUUUUCUUUGUUCAUACCGGAGGAGGUAUGAGCUUCCGGUCAAACGACCGGCACGUGGAUGGAACUCAGGGUCCUGACCUUCGUUCCACUGCGACCGGAUGCUGCGCGGCGGCG